AUGGGCGCAUUUAUUGCCAAGAUGCUGCUUCCGACUGUCAGCAGCCUGGUGUUUCUGCCUACAGCCAGCGUGGCCGCCAAGAGGGGCUUCCACAUGGAGGCCAUGGUCUACUUCUUCACCAUGUUCUUCACUGCGAUCUACCAUGCAUGUGAUGGACCAGGCCUCUCCAUCCUGUGUUUCAUGAGAUACGACGUUCUGGAGUACUUCAGUGUUUACAGCACCGCUCUCUCCAUGUGGGUCACACUGAUAGCUCUGGGUGACUUUGAUGAACCCCAGCGCUCCAGUAUAACCAUGUUUGGAGUGUUGACAAUAGCUGUGAGGAUCUACCAGGAUCGCUGGGGCUAUGGGAUCUACUCUGGACCUAUUGGAUCAGCUGUCUUCAUCAUCACUGUCAAAUGGCUGCAGAAGAUGAAGGAGUUGAGGGCAGUGUAUCCAGAGAAGACCGUGUACACGCAGCAGGUCGGUCCAGGCUGCUGCUUCGGUGCUCUCGCUCUGAUGCUACGUUUCUACUUUGAGGAGUGGGACUACGCCUAUGUCCACAGCUUCUACCAUCUCUCUCUGGCUGUGUCCUUCAUCCUGCUGCUGCCAAAGAAGAACCGCUACGCAGGGACGGGACAAAACGCUGCUAAGCUCAGCUGCUUCGCUCUAUGUUGCUGUUCCAUCUCCCCUGGUACUUCGAAAAAGAAGACAGACAAGCCGAAGAAGUCGAAGAAGUCAUCCCGGACGGUGUGGACAGUCCCCACCGAGAAGCUGUGGUCACGCCGCUGUAGCACCCCUAUCCUGCCUCUUUACAACCCCCCACCCUCCACACCUGUCAAAGGGACCAGCAUCAGCAAGCUCAAAGAGAUGAACGGCUGGAAGUGA